AAUUCGAUCGUAUACACAUUCUAUUUAAUGUUGUAACAACACCAAUAUUUAUUUCAUUUCUUUUCAUUUCAUAUAGAUUCACCCACUAUAUAUAUAUAUAUAUAUAGCCUACUGCUUCUUUUUAUAAAGUUUUCAGUUCACAUAACCACCUAGCUAUAUAUAGGAGCUAGCCCAAGUCCUUAUUUCUAGUGGCUGAUCGACCCGUCUGUCAUGGAGAAUAGACAAUCAUAUUCCAACGAUGAGAUAUGCAAAAGAAGGUUGCCAAGAAGCAAAUUAGAGGAUGAUGAGAAGCCCAUUUCGAUCUCUGUACAUGAUAAACCUGGAAACUGCAAGCACAAACCAUCGAAGCCACUACUACUUGUCGUUGUGCUCUCAACUUUCAUCAUAAUCACAUACUCUCUUACGGGUCAUCACAACCGCGACACCUAUAUCUCUCAUGCUGUUUCCAAGUGGAAAUGGGGUGGUGGACUAGAUCAGAGAUACAUAUCACAUUUAGAAAUAAACUGGGGUGAUGUAUCAAGUGUUAUGCACAAAUUAUCUACCAAAAACCACAUGAGUCAUGGGAUUGGAUUCUUAAAUUUUCAUGAUAAAGAAAUUAGUGACUGGAAGACGCAUAUUACAACGAUUAGAGAAGAUCAAAUCAUUAAUCUUGAACUUGAUCCUGUUGAUGAAAAUGUGACAUGGGAAUCACUAUAUCCUGAAUGGAUCGAUGAAGAACAAGAAGAAGAAGUUCCGAGCUGUCCCACCCUGCCUAGACUCGGCGUGCCAAGGAAAAUUCUUGAUUUGAUUGUGGUUAAGCUUCCUUGUAGAAAUGAGGCGAAUUGGUCAAGAGAUGUUUCAAGGCUUCAUUUGCAGGUUGCAGUUGCCGGGCUUGCAGCCUCAUCUAAAGUGAACCAUCCAGUGCACAUAGUUUUUGUUACCGAGUGCUUCCCAAUUCCAAACCUAUUUCCUUGUAAAAAACUUGUGGCUCGCCAGGGAAAUGUCUGGCUGUAUGAACCAAAUUUGAAGGUGUUGCGUGAAAAGACUCAACUACCAGUUGGAUCAUGUGAACUCGCAUUGCCUUUUAAACCUCAAGAUGGAGAUUAUAUAGGGAAUGUUCAGAGGGAGGCGUACGUGACAAUCCUACAUUCAGCUCAUGUUUAUGUUUGUGGAGCAAUUGCGGCGGCACAAAGCAUUAGGAUGUCAGGUUCAAAUCGUGAUCUUGUGAUACUUGUAGAUGAGACAAUCUCUGAUUAUCAUCGAAGUGGACUCGAGCUGGCAGGAUGGAAGAUUAGGACGAUUCAACGAAUAAGAAACCCAAAAGCAGAAAAAGAUGCAUACAAUGAAUGGAACUAUAGCAAGUUCCGUUUAUGGCAAUUAACAGAUUAUGAAAAGAUCAUUUUCAUUGAUGCGGAUUUGCUGAUUUUAAAAAACAUUGAUUUUUUGUUUGGUAUGCCUGAAAUCUCGGCUACAGGUAACAACGGGACAUUGUUCAACUCAGGUGUGAUGGUGAUUGAGCCAUCAAAUUGUACAUUUAAUCUUCUAAUGGAUCAUAUCAAUGAGAUCACAUCCUAUAAUGGCGGCGAUCAAGGGUAUUUAAACGAGAUCUUCACUUGGUGGCACCGGAUUCCUAAAAGCAUUAACUUUUUAAAAAACUUUUGGAUUGGGGACGACGACGAGACCAUAGAGAAAAAAACACGCCUUUUUGGAGCCAACCCCCCAGAGCUUUAUGUACUUCAUUACCUCGGCAUGAAACCAUGGUUGUGUUUUCGUGAUUACGACUGUAACUGGAACUCGGAUAUAUUUCGAGAGUUUGCAAGCGAUGUCGCACAUGAUCGGUGGUGGAAACUGCAUGAUGCAAUGCCUAGUCAGUUGCAUCAGUUUUGCCUGUUAGAAUCAAGGCAAAAAGCACAACUUGAAUGGGACAGAAGGGAAGCCAAAAAGGGGGCGUUUAAGGAUGAGCACUGGAAAAUUAAAAUAAGAGACCCAAGAUUAAAAACGUGUAUUGACAAUUUGUGCUCAUGGAAAUCCAUGUUGAAACAUUGGGGUGAAAAGAAUUGGACGGAUGAUCAGAGUUUUCCAACACCAACUGCCAUGGCUAAACUCAGUUAGUACACAUUUGUAUGUAAAAGUUCAUAAAGUUGAUCAAUUUUUUUGUAUGUAGUGUUUUGGUUUUGUAAUAAACAUAAUUUUCAUAUUAUUAUGGGAAUUUUUUUGUGUUUUUUUUGAGCCAA